UCCAGAGCUGACACUCCAGUGGCAUUAGUGAGUGCCCAGGAUACCGAGCGGACGCAUACACACAUAAACACACUCACUCACACGCGCGCGCGCAUACACACGUGCACACACACACACACACACACACAUACACACACAUACAUACACACACACUAAGAGAAGUAUAGAUGGAAUUCUGAGAAUGGAAUACCACUGGGUUCUGUUUCCUGUCGUGUUACAGUUUCUCUUCCGACCAGGCACUACCAGGCCCGUAAUUACUCCAGACGGAUCCCAGCUCGCGGUGCAGCUGGAUGGCAGCCUCAUUCUUAGUUGCCAUGGUGAUGCACCAGUGCGUUGGGUACGGGACGAACGUCCAAACCGGACACUAAGGGAGGAGCAGAGGGAGCACCAAAUGUCAACCAUCAAUGUGGCCAAAGCGAAGGCACAGCAUCAGGGCAAAUACACUUGCUUGGAGGAGUCGUCAGGAGAGAAGAGCUCUAUUUAUGUGUAUGUUACAGCCUUCCUCUUAGCAGAUCCUGACAACGCCUUCAGGAGGUCCAUCAUCCCAGACAUCAUGGCUGGUGCAGGAGACACUGCCUCUAUCCCCUGCCUAGCCACCGACCCCAGAAUGGUCGACCUGCACCUGGAGACGUGCAACGGACUUCCACUGCCCACCGGGAUGAGGUACAGCGCUAGCACUGAGACAGGCAUUUCCGUGGUGAAUGUCCAGCCCAGCUACAAGGGAUGCUAUGUCUGCGUGGGAAUUCUGGGAGAGAAGAUUGCCCGAUCUAGGGAAUAUAAUCUUAAUGUGCGACUGGUUCCAGAUGCACCACCCCGUAUAUCACUUCAGGAGCGUAACAGAGUGCUUCUAACCCAGGGCCAGAGACUCACGCUCACUUGCUCUACUUCCAAUGUCAACAGUGACAUCAAGGUUAACUGGUUCCCACCUCAUGGUGUGGAAGCAUCCGUGCAGCAAAGCUCCCAACUUUUGACCGAGCCAGUCCUGCACAAACGCACAGCCACCCUCCAAAUACCAGCCGUGACAGCCCAGGAUUCGGGUAGCUACCGCUGUGAGGCAAAGAACUACAGAGGGAUUAGUGCUGAGACAGUCUGGGUGGAUGUCUACAGCCAAGGAUUUAUUAACCUGACCCAUGUAGUUAAUGGGACAUGGAGAGUGCGAGAAGGAGAGAGUCUGUCCCUGAGUGUGGAUAUGGAAGCCUACCCUAAACCACACGUCUUCUCCUGGAGCUACAAUCAAAAAAAUCUCACUAACACAACUGACCAUGUUAUCACCACACACUCACAUGCACACAGUUAUCACAGCCAGUUAAAGCUUGUGCGUUUAAAAGUAUCAGAGAGUGGCGUCUACACUUUUCUGGCCUCCAAUGGUGAUGCUAGUAUCCACCUGACGUUUGAAGUUCAUGUCCUAAGUAAACCAGCAAUUGUAUCUCAUGAAGGUCCAGUUGAUGGGCAAGUGCGUUGUGUGGCUGAAGGUUAUCCCCCACCUCAGAUCACAUGGUACUACUGCGACCAACCCCAUGCCAGGUGUUCUAAUUUAUUAAAUGCCACACAAGAGGAGGAGGAUGUCGUCACUGUAACCAUGACUAACCCACCCUUUGGGAAGGGAGCGGUGGAGAGCCGCUUAAACAUCACCAAGAACAAUUACCCCACCCUGGAGUGUGUGGCUUCAGCCGAAGGCGAGAUUGUCUACACACUGUUUUCCAUCAGCGAACAUACUGUUCCUCAUGAGCUUUUUACUCCAUUGCUGAUUGGCUUCAUUGCUGCAGCAGCCAUCCUUUGCCUCAUCCUGUUUGUUCUCACUUACAAGUAUAUGCAGAAACCUAAAUACCAGAUUCAGUGGAAAGUCAUUGAGGGAAUCCAUGGCAACAACUACGUCUAUAUUGACCCUACCCAGCUUCCAUACGACCACCAGUGGGAGUUUCCGCGGGACAGGCUGCGAUUCGGCAAAACUCUUGGCUCAGGAGCAUUUGGGAAGGUGGUGGAGGCCACAGCGUAUGGAAUGUCCAAGGCUGAUACAGUGAUGACUGUGGCAGUCAAAAUGCUAAAACCGAGCGCUCACGCCACUGAGAAAGAAGCUCUGAUGUCAGAACUGAAGGUGCUCAGUUACCUUGGCAACCACAUAAACAUCGUCAACUUACUGGGUGCCUGCACUGUUGGAGGUCCGACUCUGGUGAUAACCGAGUACUGCUGUUUCGGCGACCUGCUGAACUUCCUGCGCCGAAAGCGUGACUGCUUCUGCUGCUCCAGACUGGGAGAUGAUUCUUACUAUAGAAAUGUCUUGUUAUAUCCAGAUGCAGGUGAAGGUAGAAACGGCUAUAUGACUAUGAGGCCUUUGGUUUUGGGAGCUCAGUCCACUGAGAAACGUUCACUACCUAAAGGUGCUGGCUCUUACACUGACUGUGACGUGUUCAGUGAGGUUCUGCAAGAGGAUGGUUUGGCUCUGGACACAGAAGACCUCCUCAGCUUCUCUUAUCAAGUUGCUAAGGGCAUGGACUUCCUGGCAUCUAAAAAUUGUAUUCACAGAGACCUGGCAGCCAGAAACAUCCUCCUUACACAAGGUAGAGUGGCCAAGAUCUGCGACUUUGGACUUGCCCGUGACAUCACUACUGACUCCAACUAUGUGGUUAAGGGAAAUGCCCGUCUGCCGGUGAAGUGGAUGUCUCCUGAGAGUAUCUUUGAGUGUGUGUACACGUUCGAAAGUGAUGUCUGGUCUUACGGCAUCUUGCUGUGGGAGAUCUUCUCUCUGGGAAGCAGUCCUUACCCAGGUGUACCUGUAGACUCCAAAUUCUACAAGAUGAUCAAGGAGGGAUACCGAAUGGAUUCACCUGAGUUUGCUCCGAGUGAAAUGUAUGAAAUCAUGCAGUCAUGUUGGGAUGCAGACCCCUCCAGGAGACCCUCAUUUGGCAAGAUAGUGGAGAAGGUUGAACAGCAAAUCUCAGACAGCACCAAACAUAUCUAUCUGAACUUCAGCUCCAGGUUGCCUGUAGUCACAGGUCCUCGUGAGGAGCCUUUUUCUCACUCCUCACGCCGUAAUUCAGGAAGCGGUCACAGCACUCCCACUCUGCCUCUACUGUCCAGUGAUGAAGUUUUUGUGGAGGAAGCAGCUCCCAGGCAGCCACGCGCAUAAAAAAAACCUCCACCAAAAUGCUGGAUCAUCUACUAAGACUGUAAGCCUUUCAGACAAACCCAGGCUGAGUGAACUAAGCGAAUCCUGGAACAGUCAUUAGGGCAGAAAGAAGUCACAUCAUCUUCCCACUCUCUUCCCCUUACUGAUGUACUUAGGGGAUGAUGUGCAGAGUACUUUCAUUCUUUCCCCAUUGCUUCAGGAUCAUGUGACAUGGGAUGAUGGGACAUGGAAGUUUAUGGAGAGUUUUACUUUUUCUUUUCUUUUUUUUUUUUUUUUACUUCUGCACAACAGGCCUAACCUGGUCCUUUUGUGGUACGAUUUUUAACUCUGCACAGGUACUGGGGAACAAAGUUUAUCAUAUAUCAGGCUCUAUAUGUGAUCAUAGUGCAUACACAUAAACAAGAUUGUGAUGUGUAUUUUCAUGACCAUCUGUACUUGUGGUAAUGUGGUGUAGAGCAGUGCAAAUGUGUCACAAAGGCGGAGACUUAAAUAGUAGAGUGUAUGUUUUAUUUUUCGGAUGGCAACAGUCCAAAAUCCACAGUCAUUUAAAACAUACAAAGGGAUAAACAUACAAAUACCAGGCUAAUGCAGAGAUCAAAUGUGUGUUGAAGUGGGGGGAUAAAUAGCAAACACCAGUUGUAAGAACUAGGACAGGACUUACAACGCUGCAUCUUAGCCAUGUGUCUGUGCUAAGAGAGGGGCAACAGGGGCUGUAACGUGCAUGCGUUUUUACACCAGAAUAGAUUCUGAGAUCCCACACCUGGUUUUGAAUUUCACACCCAAUUUUUCACCACUUAACCCACGUCAACGCAGCAUGUUAAUUUAUGGUCAUGAAAAUAGAAACAGAGCACAACCGUAAAAGAAUUGGCUUGCGUCCGACCAAAUAUACCAGCUUUACCCAGCAAUUUAUGCUAGCGCUAACGAAACAUAGAGCCUCAUGCCUUUGUUUUUGAUUCAUAGGUCAAUACAAAUGGUCAGGAAAGCACUUUUAAAAAAUACGAUCAAUCAUUAUCUUGGAUGUAAUGCUCUUUCUUACAGUAUAUACAUACAUGUCCUGGGGUCUUUCUUUUUGAAAGCACAUAUUGUUAUUGUGUUUGGUAUGAUGGGGUUUAGGCAGCUUCAGGACAGUUUAGUAGAGAUACACUGCCUCAGUAUUAUUCAGUUGCAGAUUGAGUACAGUUUUGACACCAUGUUUUGCUUAUAUUCAAAUGACAGCUUAAUAACUAGUUGAAGUGCAUGUUAUUUUCCUCUGGUCUCUACAUUUCUGGUAGCUGCAGUGAGUACAAGAACACGACAGCUACAUAUAAACUCACUUCUUUUUCUUAAGCAGUUAUUAGUCAUAGAAUUUUUUUCUGCUUUUCCUGUUAUUUCAGUGCAAAGAAAAUACUCUUUUGGGACUUCUAUUAAUAUUUUUUUCAGGGAACCAAUUUAAGUAGCAUCUCAAAGUGUUAAAUUGCAAAUGAUGAGCUUUCUGGGCUGAAUAACAUUUCAGCUUUAAGAUCAGUAUUAUGCUUGGAUUGUUAUGUGAAGGAUUUUGUCUAGUACUGUGUGAAACUUUGAAAACCAAAUUUGACAGAGUCCUUCAGGCUUCCCAAAUACAAGAUAGCAGAGGUAAACCAGCAAAGUCGUUAAGCUGGUUCAAAAAAAGACUUGUUUUUAAAAAAUCAAUUCACCUUCUACUCAUCUACUUGUACUGUUGUCUCUACGUAGACGUGGCUGAAUCGUAUAAAUUUUACUGAAAGACAGAGUCUAUUGUGUUUCCUCAGUCAAUCUCUCACAUUUCACAUGUACAUUUGUCUGUGGUUUAGGUGCUUCUGCCUAGACUUAGGAAUAGUUGAAGAGCUCAGUAGCAUUUGAAACUGCAUAUUUUGUGAGGAACAGAGAAAUGUCUCAAGAGACUCCAGUUUAAACAUUUUAAGGUGUUGAUAAGGAGGCAGAGUAAUAUGUUUUUGUAGAUAUGUAAAUUUUUUUGAAACUUGUUCGUAUAAAGAUAUUGUACUGUAUAUUAUCCUUUCUGUUCACAUGUUUAUAAAGAAGUCACCUUUUUUGUCAUUAUACACAGUAUAUGAACAAUAAGUGUUGCAGAGAAUAUUCACUCAAGCUUAGGACAUUAGAAUUAGGCUAAGAAGAUGCAUCAGGAAACCUUUGAAGUCUCAGCAAACACCAAUAAUUUAUAUACGUCACCAACUGUUGUGCCUCACAGUUAACACUUAGAUUAGAAUUCUUUGCCAAUAAGAAAUUUGCUGUUGAGGAAAGAGCCAAUAGAAAGCUACUGCUCUUCAGAAAUGGGUGCCAAUGGGUGCACGCUCUCCAUAAGAACAGCCAGUGGGAGACAUACCAGUGGAUCCACCAGUGGAGGGGUAGCUGCUCUGAAAGAGAGCCAAUGAGAGCGUUGUCAUUCUUGUUGACCUGCCAAUUGGGAAAAGAGCAGCCCUGCAUUAGCGAUGGAGAGUUCAUCGGAAUCCUAAGACUACAAGCAACAGACUGAGUGAUUCAGACUGUGCCAGGUAGACCAAGUUGUAACAUCAGUAGUCAGGCACCCGUCAGUAGCUGAUUUCCCAGCUCUCUUUCUGUUCUUUGUGUCCAGCUGCUUCCUCCAGCGGAAGUGUCACUUCCAGGGCGCUUGAUUUGGGGAGAUCCCAGCCGCUCUCUAUCCCACCUCCACUGCUUCCCUCUCACCCUCUUCCCACAGUGCGACAUUGUUCUGAGUGGCAUCUGUCUGCACUUGUGUGUGUGCGUGUGUGCGUGUGUGUGUGCGUGUGUAUGUUCAUUGUAGCAUAAUGCAGGUCAUUUUGCUGGUAAGACACCAGAGCACUGAUGAGCUAUCAUUUAUACAGCUUGUCAGAUACACUGUAUACCAUAAACUGGCUCCCAGCUGCCGGUUUGUGUACAUGAUACCAUUCCUGUGCUUUUGCUUGCUCUAUAGCAAUAUCUGUAAAUGAUGUAAUGUCACUAUUUUUAGGGCAAUGUGGUACGUUCUUGCUAAUGCUGUAAACAUUUAAGUGCAACUAUUUUUUUUUGUGUGGUUUUCAUACUAUUUAAUAUUUACUUUGUAUAUCCAUUGCAUAAAUGUUACUCUACUAGUUCCACGCAUUGACUAUGUGUAUGCAUUAAGGUCCUUAAAUAACAGGUGGCUUAAUUGCCUGUAGCAGAUGUGCAACUUCAUUCACAUUUGGUACACCUAGUAUACAGUAUAUCAAACAUCUAAUCACAUAUAAACCGAUGUAACAUCAUCAUGUGGUAAUAACUAUAUGAUAAUGCAUGGAUUAUCUCAGUAGGUCUGUUUUUGGACAAAUUAUUGGAGAUUUUUUUGUCCCUUGAAGAGAAGGUUUGUUCUGUGCACUUCAUCAUUGUAUAUUUAUUUUAAAGUUUUUAUUUUGCAAGACUCUGAAAUGUUUUAUUGUGUAAGAACUGUCAUGUGUGUCUGUCAAGUCUUAUUAUAUACUGUAAAUAAACCACUGAAACAUGAA